CACAGCCUGCUUAUAGGUUUCCCCGGUUUCAAGAAAUAUUUCUAGUUCUAAGUGCUAACUAAAAGUACAUUUGCUCACCCCACAGCCUGCUUAUAGGUUUCCCGCACUCGUUGCUUCUGAAAAAUCUGACCACGAUUCCACAAUGAGAGGAGGCCACGUUGGACAGAUGGUUGCCUUGCUCCUGGUUGCGGCCGUUAACGGAGGCGACGAGUUCAGCGGAGACUCCCCCAAGCUAUCCGGGAUCAUCAUCCCCGGCUUUGCGUCAACUCAACUUAGAGCUUGGUCAAUAUUGGACUGCCCUUACUCGCCUCUCGAUUUCAACCCUCUCGAUUUAGUCUGGCUCGACUCCACCAAACUUCUGUCUGCUGUGAAUUGCUGGCUAAAAUGCAUGAUUUUAGAUCCUUACAAUCAAACAGAUCAUCCAGAGUGCAAGUCUCGUCCUGACAGUGGCCUUUCUGCUAUAUCUGAACUUGAUCCUGGUUAUAUAACUGGUCCCCUUUCAUCAGUGUGGAAAGAGUGGGUGAAGUGGUGCAUUGAAUUUGGCGUUGAAGCUAAUGCAAUUAUUGCAGUUCCAUAUGACUGGAGAUUGCAACCAUCAAAACUCGAGGAGAGAGACCUUUACUUUCACAAACUGAAGCUGACUUUUGAAACUGCUCGUAAACAUCGUGGUGGACCAUCACUAGUUUUUGCACAUUCUUUAGGGAACAAUGUCUUCAGAUACUUCUUGGAGUGGCUGAAACUAGAAAUUGCCCCUAAAAUGUAUCAGCAGUGGCUAGAUGAACAUAUCCAUGCCUAUUUUGCUGUUGGAUCUCCUCUACUUGGUGCAACUGAAUCUGUGAAAGCAGCACUGUCUGGAGUCACAUUUGGUCUUCCUAUAUCUGAGGGAACUGCUCGAUUGAUGUCCAAUUCAUUUGGCUCUUCAUUGUGGAUGCUUCCAUUUUCAAAAUACUGUAAAACAGAUACUGUAUACUCGAUGCAUUUUUCUGGCAGAAGCAGAAAAGGUAAUCACGCAUUCCAUUGUGAUGAGCAUGAGUAUCGAGCAAAUUACUCUGGUUGGCCAACAAAUAUAAUCAAUAUUGAAAUACGUCCAAAUAAAGGAGAUGAGGCUUAUCCAUCCUUUGUGCAAAUUGCAGAAACAAAAUUAUCUGGCAUGGAAUGUGAAUUUCCAACUCAAUUGUCUUUUUCUGCCCGUGAAGUGUCCGAUGGGACUUUUUUCCAAUUAAUAGCAAAUUAUGAUCCUGAUAGCCAAAGGCUCUUACACUUGUUAGAAAAUUCAUAUCACGGUGACCCAGUCCUAAACCCUUUAACUCCAUGGGAAAGACCACCUCUUAAGAACAUAUUCUGCAUUUACGGAAUUGAUUUGAAAACUGAGGUUGGUUAUUACCUUGCUCCAAGUGGGAAGCCUUACCCUGAUAAUUGGAUCAUAACAGAUGUGAUAUAUGAGACUGAGGGUUCUCUACAUUCUAGGUCAGGUAAUCUGGUUGAAGGUAACCCUGGUGCAGCAAGUGGAGAUGAGACGGUGCCAUACCAUUCCCUCUCUUGGUGCAAGAAUUGGCUUGGCCCUAAAGUGAACAUAACAAGGGCUCCUCAGGUGCUGGUGGCUGAUAGAAAUUUAAAUUGUUGCACCUUUGUUUUAAAGAGUUGAUAAAAUCAGGGUUGCUUGAAUGAGGUGUAUAAAUCAGAAGUGCUAAUGUAUGGCUAAUGAUCUCGAGAAAAAUGCCCAACUGUUUAUUCUCACAGAGUUACAUUUGGCAUAAAGAAAUGCAGAUUUGUUUGUGCAAACGUUGUGUUAUUUAAACACCUCCUCUCCCCACUCCUCUCCCCACAGACCGUCUAGAAUUUCUGCUGCUCAGACCUCCGGACCUUCGGCUUCUUGUAGUGUGUUUGAGGUUUUAGAAUAUUGAACAGACUUGAACACAACAUCAAAGAUUUCCGUAUUGUCUAUAAUGACUCUGUGCCUGAAAAUGCUGCCGAACUGCAUGUCAACCCUUCAACCAAAGAAACUAUUGACGGUCUGUUGAAGAAGGAAGCAGCCGUUCGCAUUUGGGAUGUUCUGAGCAAGGCGGGAGUCUUGACAGCUACAUGAUCCAAUUCCCUCACCAUUAUGGGGUUGAUGUAUUCAAUCCACAGAUAUGGUCUAAAGCGCACUGUCCAGGACCUGUCCGAUAAGUUUGUUCCUGUGAGGCAGCUGGAGGCUUUCAAGGAAACCCUUAACCGAGUAGAUAAUGGAGUCCUCACUCUUCUGGAUCAAAGGACCAAGCCCAAAGUUGCCGGGAAUAUUGUUGCUGCGGGUGAAACAAAUAAGAGGAAUGGAGGCAACGGGAAUGGAGGCAACGGGAAUAGAGGCAACGGGAAUGGAGGCAACGGGAAUGGAGGAGAUUCAGGGGAUGAUUGAAAGGUAGUGUUUACUUCUUCACUGAAAACUUUUAUUGUAGUGCUGUUUUUUAUUAACAUGAAUUCAUGAUUAAGCAGUGGCUAAGAUGAAUUUGGUUAAGACAAAAUAUAUUGUGUUUUAAUUUUCUUCGGAGACUUUCUCUCAAUAUGUUAUAAUUUACAUUUGUUCCUACUACUGUUCAUAAAAUAUUUUGAAGUGGUG